ACUCUCUCUAGAUUUUCUCAAAACAAAAUAGAAAAAAUUUGUUUUCUCUCUCUGGACUUUGUCUCCUCCAUCUCUUGAUCUGCAAAAGCUCUCUCCUUUUUCCAUUCUUAUGGUUUUUUUUUGCAUAGUGGGAUUUUAGUCAUUUUACGUGGAAGAUAAGAUCCCCUUCUGAUUCCAGGCAUUCUAAAAAAGGACUGUGAAUGGGGAGGCAGCUGUAAUGCCCUCCAUUGAAGGCUAGAUUGGGUUUCUCAUUUUGACAGUCAGCUUGCUCAUCAAAACUGCUUUUGAGCUUUCACUCUGAGAGAUGACUGGAGGUCGGAUAAGGGCAAGGAUUCGCCGGAGCAAUCUUUAUACAUUCGCAUGCCUUAAGCCAGUAACAAAGGAAGAUGGACCACAUUCCAUUGACGGGCCUGGGUACUCAAGAAUCGUGCAUUGCAACCAGCCUGACAUGCACAAGAGAAAGCCUUUGAAAUAUCGCUCGAAUAAUAUAUCAACGACAAAGUAUAAUGUUCUCACAUUUUUCCCAAAGGCAUUGUUUGAGCAAUUUCAUCGAGUUGCCAAUUUGUACUUCCUUGGAUGUGCAAUUACCUCACUAACACCCCUUUCACCAUUCUCUGCUGUGAGCAUGAUUGCUCCUUUGGCCUUUGUUGUGGGUCUGAGUAUGGCAAAGGAAGGCUUAGAGGAUUGGCGAAGGUUUAUGCAGGACAUGAAGGUUAAUAGCCGGAAAAUCAGUGUUUAUGAUGGGGAUGGUGUUUUUCAUUAUAGGACGUGGCAGAAGAUUAUGGUUGGGGAUGUGGUGAAAGUGGAGAAGGAUGAGUUUUUCCCUGCCGACUUGCUACUCUUGUCAUCUAGUUAUGAGGAUGGAAUUUGCUAUGUGGAGACUAUGAACUUAGAUGGUGAAACAAACUUGAAGGUGAAGAGAGCUUUGGAGGUGACCUUACCUUUGGAUGAGGAUGGUGUUUUCAAGAGUUUCACUGGAACAAUUAAAUGUGAAGACCCAAACCCCAGUCUAUACACCUUUGUUGGUAAUUUUGAAUAUGAUCAUCAACUUUUUCCUCUUGACCCUACUCAGAUUCUCCUCAGGGAUUCAAAACUUAGGAAUACAGCUUUUGUGUAUGGUGUGGUGAUUUUUACUGGUCAUGAUAGCAAGGUCAUGCAGAAUUCAACAAGGUCUCCAUCGAAGAGGAGUAGAAUAGAAAGAAAAAUGGACUAUAUAAUAUACAUCCUUUUCAGCCUUCUCCUUGUGAUCUCGUUGAUCAGCUCCAUAGCCUUUGCAGUGAAGACAAAGCUCCAAAUGCCAGACUGGUGGUACUUAUUACCACAGGAUACAGAUAAUUACUAUAAUCCCCAAAAACCUGCAGUAUCAGGGCUUACCCAUCUGAUCACUGCACUUAUUCUCUUUGGAUAUUUGAUACCUAUCUCGCUUUACGUGUCAAUUGAGGUGGUCAAGGUUUUGCAAGCAAGUUUCAUUAAUCAAGAUAUACAUAUGUAUGAUGAAGAAACUGGGCAUCCUGCUAAUGCACGGACAUCAAACUUAAAUGAGGAGUUGGGCCAAGUAGAUACAAUUCUCUCUGAUAAAACUGGCACUUUGACCUGUAAUCAGAUGGAUUUUCUCAAGUGUUCAAUUGCUGGUACCGCAUAUGGUGUGCGAUCCAGUGAAGUUGAACUUGCUGCAGCAAAACAAAUGGCUAUGGACUUUGAGGAUCAGGAUGGAGAGAUGUCUAGCAUUUCCAGGCACAAAAAUAGAGAAUCAGAAAUUGAACUAGAGACUGUUGUUACCUCUAUAGAUGAAAAGGAUCGUAAGCCCCCCAUAAAGGGUUUUUGCUUUGAGGACAGCCGCCUCAUGGAUGGAAACUGGUUGAACGAGCCAAAUUCAGAUGUCAUUCUGUUAUUUUUCCACAUAUUGGCAGUUUGUCACACUGCUAUUCCUGAGCUGAAUGAAGAGACUGGCACUUUUACCUAUGAAGCAGAGUCACCUGAUGAAGGAGCUUUUCUAGUUGCAGCCAGAGAAUUUGGUUUUGAGUUUUUUAAAAGAACACAAGCAAGUGUGUUCAUCCACGAAAGAUAUCCCUUGAAAGGACAAAUGAUUGAAAGGGAGUUCAAAAUCCUUAACCUGUUGGACUUCACCAGCAAAAGAAAGCGAAUGUCUGUAAUUGUGCGUGAUGAGGAUGGACAGAUUAUUCUCUUUUGCAAAGGUGCUGACAGCAUCAUUUUUGAUCGAUUAUCAAAGAAUGGAAGAAUGUAUGAGGAAGUGACAAUGAGGCAUUUGAAUGAAUAUGGAGAAUCUGGGUUGAGAACUUUGGCACUUGCUUAUAGAAAGCUUGAGGAAUCUGAAUAUGCUGCUUGGAACAAAGAAUUUCAGAAAGCGAAAACUACAGUCGGAGCUGAUAGAGAUGCAAUGCUUGAGCAGGUGUCAAAUAUGAUGGAGAGGGAUUUGAUCCUUGUUGGUGCUACAGCUGUGGAAGACAAAUUGCAAAAGGGGGUACCCCAAUGCAUAGAUAAACUUGCACAAGCUGGUCUCAAGAUCUGGGUUUUGACAGGGGAUAAGAUGGAAACUGCUAUAAACAUAGGCUUUGCAUGCAGUCUUCUUAGACAAGGCAUGAAGCAGAUCUGUAUUACAGCAAUGAAUUCUGAUUCCACAGAGGCUGUCAAAGAGAACAUACUGAAUCAAAUAGCAAAUGCUUCACAAAUGACCCAACUAGAAAAGGAUCCAGAUGCAGCUUUUGCCUUGAUAAUUGACGGGAAAAGUCUAACAUAUGCUCUGGAGGAUGAUAUAAAACAGCAGUUCUUAGAAUUAGCAGUUAAAUGCGCAUCUGUCAUAUGCUGCCGUGUGUCUCCCAAACAGAAGGCACUAGUAACACGAUUAGUAAAACAAGGAACUGGGAAAACCACCUUAGCAAUAGGUGAUGGUGCAAAUGAUGUUGGAAUGAUUCAAGAAGCUGAUAUUGGUGUUGGCAUCAGUGGGGUGGAAGGUAUGCAGGCUGUGAUGGCCAGUGACUUCUCUCUUGCCCAAUUUCGAUUUUUGGAAAGGCUUCUGGUUGUCCAUGGACAUUGGUGCUACAAGAGGAUUGCACAGAUGAUAUGCUAUUUCUUCUACAAGAACAUUGCGUUUGGUCUUACUCUCUUCUACUUUGAGGCAUUCACUGGUUUCUCUGGGCAGUCAAUUUAUGAUGACUGGUACAUGAUAUUGUUCAAUGUCCUUCUUACUUCGUUCCCUGUAAUUUCACUUGGAGUUUUUGAGCAGGAUGUUCCUUCUGAUGUUUGCUUACAGUUCUCCGCAUUGUAUCAGCAAGGGCCUAGGAAUUUGUUCUUCGACUGGUAUAGGAUAUUUGGAUGGAUGGGCAAUGGUUUCUAUUCCUCUCUCAUAAUUUUCUUCCUCAAUAUAAUAAUCUUCUAUGAUCAAGCUUUCCGCAUGGGAGGACAGACUGCUGAUAUGGCUGCCUUGGGCACUACAAUGUUCACCUGUAUCAUAUGGGCCCUCAACUGCCAGAUUGCACUCACUAUGAGCCACUUUACAUGGAUCCAACAUCUCUUAAUCUGGGGCAGCAUAGUCACUUGGUAUUUGUUUCUCUUCAUUUAUGGCAUGCUGUCUCCCACAUUUUCUGGUAAUGCCUACCAACUUCUUGUGGAAGCCCUUGCUCCCGCACCCAUCUAUUGGCUAGCUACCCUCUUAGUAACAGUUGCUUGUAAUCUCCCCUACCUCGCCCAUAUAUCAUUCCAGAGAUGUUUCCACCCCAUGGAUCACCAUAUAAUCCAAGAAAUCAAGUACUACAGAAAAGAUGUUGAGGAUAAACGCAUGUGGACUAGGGAGCGCUCUAAGGCAAGACAGAAAACCAAUAUUGGAUUCUCAGCACGUGUGGAUGCAAAGAUCAGACAAUUAAGGGUGAAGCUGCAGCGGAAACAACCAUCUCUAGAGCAAGUGCAUGAUAUGAUGUCCCCAAUGUCAUAACAAUGCCCACUAUUUCAGUUUCCUUUCUUGAAUAUUGUUAGGUAAUUUUUCUUUUGGCAAUUUGCAGUUUUACAUUGAGGCUUUUUUUUUUUUCUUCGAUUUUUCGAUUCAUUUGUUCAUUUCAUUUAGAGGUUGGCUAAGGCCCUAUUCAUAUAUACUGAAAUCUAGGUGUUGUUGUAUGUACACUACUUAAAAGUGUAUAUAUAUAUAUAUGUAUAGGAGAAUUCAUAACUUGUGGAAAGACAGUUGAUAUUUAUCAUUUUAUCUCUGAGGUUGGUUUCAGUAAAAGCAUUAAUUUUUU